AACUUAACAGCUGACAGCUGUCAAUUUACCCAAAAUAAAUAAUAAAUUUUUGAAGAAAAAUCGCAAAAUGAGUGCUUUAACUGCGUUUGCCACUAUUUAUACGGAAAUGGCGGAUCAUGCAGAAGCAGCUCUUAAUAGAAGGAUACUGCGAGACCAUUCAAAUCCAUUUGAUGUGACUGAGUUGGCCUUUGUGUCCAACUACAGGAUCAACAAAGACGCUUUCCUAAUGCUGCUAAACGUUGUGGACAAAUACAUAAAGCACACGUCAAUUCCAGUGCAAUUACACCUCGCGGCAACACUAAGAUUCUUAGCAGAAGGUGGUUUCCAAAAGGCUGUUGGCAAGGAUAGUUGCAUUUCAUUGGGGCGCAGCACGGUAGCAAAAGUUACAGCAAGGGUAUUGGAAAUUUUGGAAAGGUACUUAUGCCCGCAGUGGAUUCAAUUAAGUAUGACCGAAAGUGAGCUGACUAAAUCGAAACAGCAUUUUCAACGAAGUUUUGGUAUACCUGGAGUAAUUGGUUGUGUAGACGGAACGCAUAUACAAUUAUGUAAGCCGCAUAAAUAUCAUAGCCUUUUUUACAAUCGGAAAGGAUACUUUAGCAUUAACGCAAUGAUUAUAUGCGACCAUAAUAUGGUUAUAAAGGCAGUUGAUGCCCGACGCUCUGGAUCAAGUCAUGACUCUUUAAUAUGGAGUAUGAGUAGAGCUCAUGACUAUUACCAACGGUGCUACGAUAACGGAGAACGUGGAUCAUGGCUUCUAGGCGAUGCUGGAUAUGCACUUCAGCCUUUUUUGCUAACGCCUAUUAGAGAUCCACUUGUUGGCACAGCGCUGCAUACAUUUAACCAAAAGCAUUCUUCGGCACGCAAUGUCGUUGAGAGAACAAUAGGGGUGCUAAAAAGCAGGCUUAGAUGCUUAGCACGCCCUCUUCAAUACCAACCAAAAAAGGUGGUACAAAUAACAAAUGUUUGCUGCGCGUUACAUAAUGUUUGCAAACACUACAAAGUACAGGAGUUAUUUUCUGUUGACACUGAAGUCGAGAGAAUGGAACCUGCAGUUGCUGAGGGAGUAUUAAAUGAUGCCACACUGGAUACUGAAGCCAUAACAUUAAGAGAGAAUAUAGCCACUCAUCUUCAUACAAUUUCCUGAAAGUUUAAAGCACCGAAGUAAAUAAAACAAACUCAAAUUUAAAGACA